CACAGAAGCAGCAAACAGUAAUAAAAGUGUGGGCUCAAUAUGGCCGAAAAGAAAUAACAGUCUCCGAUAUUCUAGAACUAUUAUUAUCAUUUAAAGGUAAAAUAAAUGCCAGAAUCCAAAAAGAAGAUGAAGAGUGCUAUUGCACUAACUGUUCAGAUGUCAACGAGGUAGCAGCGAAAGAUGGGUCGGAAUGCAAUCGAAGAUCUAACCAGCAUCCUUCAUUGCCGAACAAUAUAAACUUUAAUUACCUUGAAGAUCCAGAAUUCGAUGAGAGUUUAAAAAUGCUCUUAUUAAAUAUGAAUGAUAUCAGUCCUCAAGAAAAACCAGAAUAUAUUACAGCGGAAGAAAUAGAUGUACUUGUGGAUGAUAUUCCCUCGUCAGUUAAUGGUUGUAAUGAUGAAUCCAAUGGUGAACUCCAACCGAUUCAUAACAGUUCAGAACCACAUACGCCUAAUGAAAAUCAACCCUUCAAUGAGAAUAUGGAACCAUUCACGCAGAAUGUCAUUGAACCGAAUCUGUGUGAUGAUCGCGAUACCAAUAUGAAUGAUAAAAGUGAUGAUUUUCCUUUGCGUCAACCAACAAUGUCAAGUGCAGAAAACAAACAACGUAUCCACAAAGAGUACAAUAGAAUUAAUCGUCAAAGUAACCAGAAACAUAACUUCAUUAAUCAUGAUCAUGAUCAGUCUUCAUUAACUAAAAAGAACUUAAACUUUCAACGAUUGAGCUGCAAUACUGACCCUCAUAUUAAUAUACGGCUACACAAAAAGUAAGUAGUGAUAAUGCAGACAUGUGCAUUUCCAAGCAACUUUGUCAAGAAUCCAGAAAAUUUGAAUUUCUACGUGUCCAGACAAUACAACCGAGUGACUUAUAAUCCAAACUUUGAUCGUCAUUUCACCAAUUUACAGUCCUCUGGCAAUGUAGAGGAUGCAAUACAUGAAAAAUCGGGAAUCAACGAACUUGAAUCAAUUGAAGAUAAUUUUUUGGUAACAUCACAUAGUAACAGUAUCAAUUUUAGCCUUAACUUGGAUAGUAGCUUUCCGCAAUGGGACAAUAUUCUACAAGAAAAUAAUUCAUUUUGCUAUAAUCGAUUCGACAGUUAUGAAGACCAUUCAGAAAAUUAAGUCCCAGAUUCUGACGAGGAGGGUGUCAGUGAGGUAAAAAUCUCAGAGAGCAAUAAAAAAUUUCUGCUACUGAUACCUGAAUCAGAUCCAUCAGAUGAUGACAUGUCUCAUCAU